AUGAUUCUCGAGCCUACGGAUCGAGGGCCACAUUGGAAGGCGCUCAAUGAUUGGAUGCAAGCAUCGAAGCCACCUCUACAGACCGAGAAUGUCGCUCCAGCUCUUGAAUGGAUUGUUCAAUGCGUCUCCUACGGUGCCGCAACCAUUGAAGAUCUUGGCCCACUGUGGGAGUACUGUAAGCAGUCGGAACAGCGCGGCAUGCUUCUCCAUGCUUUUGUGUUGUCAAUCCCGCUCAAGUAUUUGCUCAAUCAUUGCCUGAAAGUGUGCGAAAUAUUAGUUUCCCAACAACGCCCUGCUGAAGAUUUUGAGAUUUUUGGAAAACGUUUGCUGUCCGGUGAAACGCCAGAGGAAACUCGGCCUGAGAUAUUGCGGUUAGUGUUGCCAUAUAUCUCCAAAUUCGAUGGUAAUGAUUUCAUGAGAUGCUGUGUGGUCUGGAGCAAGUUUAUCAGCAGCUGUCAAAAUCCGGCUGACCAUUUUGCUGAACUAGUCGUUAUAGUGGAAAGCAUAAUGGAAUGUCGCAGCGAAGACCUUUCGACUGUGCUCAAAUUGAAGCCUUUUGUUGACAUUCUUGACUAUGUGAGGUAAUA